GUACACAUCACGAUUUGACUGUCGCGCUCCAGAGACUACAGACGGUUAAAGUAUAAGGGAUCUACUUGUUAACUACUAGGGGCUCGCUAACUAUGACUUCUCGAAAUUGGAGAGAUGAACUCGUUCCUAAUAUUAUUGACCAUAUAGCCGAGGUUGAUCCAGAGGCUUUUUAUGCAGAGUAUCCGGUUUCUACUUUGACAUACGAUCAUGGCUAUCGCAAGAUCACGUUUGGUGAUUUUGCCAGCGCUGUUGACUGUGUUGCGUGGUGGAUGCACGAAACCUUGGGUCCUGCGAAAGACUUCGAGGUCCUAGCCUAUAUCGGGCCCAAUGAUCUGAGAUAUUCAGCACUGAUCUUGAGUGCCGUAAAAUCUGGCUAUUUGAUAUUCCCCACCUCCCCCAGAAAUAGCGUCGCAGCUCAAACAAACCUGCUCGGUCGCCUAAAAUGUAGAACUAUUCUAUCACCGACUCCCCGUCCCCCUGAGAUCACAGAGACCCUCGAAGCUAAUCCUGAUCUUCGUGUCGUUGAGGUUCCAAAUGUUGAAGAUAUUCUUAAGAAUGAGAGAAGAUGUUUUACGUUUGAUAAAACUUUCUUUAAAGCGAAUCAAGAGCCCUUCGUCGUUGUGCAUCUUCUGGUUCAACUGGAUUUCCAAAGCCUAUGAUCUGGACUCAUGAAACUGCUCAAAGAAUGAUCGCGUUGAUGGCCCUAGACCCACCAGCUGGCUACGAGAGUCAACAUCGAAUGUAUGAGGGAAAAAGAGUAUCUUUAACCUUCCCACCCUUCCA